AUGGAUGUUUUGAUUGGAACCUCUAAGGCUUCUUGCCAUGUUCGCUCCAUCAGUUUGCCUUCAGAAUCCCAUCCCCUAACUCAGAGUGUUAAGGUGCGGUUGGGAAGGUUGAGGUCCUCACAAGAAACAUCCUCAUUGAAUUGCCAAGGAUUAAGUGGCCUCCUCAGGAGUUUAUACGAAAGCGUGGACGAUUUUAUUCAAUUGCCACUCACCUACCAAGCUAUCUCAAAUGUACAACAUCAAGGAUCAGUGGAUGAGGUGUUGGAUAGAUCUCUCAGGUUGCUAGAGAAAAUGAUCUCUAAAUCCAAGUCCUUUAGAAGUUUGAAGACAAAGGAGAAAGACAUAUCAGUAGCCCAAGACAAAGACACAACCUUAGUGACCCUAACAAGAGAAGUCGAAGAGAUCAGUGUUGCUGUGUUUGCAUCCCUCUUGUCUUCUAUUUCUCUGACACCAAAAUCAAAGGGAAAUGGCUGGUCAGUUGUUUCAAAACUACUCAAGUCCAGAAGUACAGUUGAUGCCAAAGAAGUUGGAAUGAUAAAUGCCGAGGUUCUUGCCUGGAGAUCAAGCAAAGACAUUAGUCUUGUACAAGUCCAAAACUUAUUGAAACAUUUGGAGGCCUCACAGUCAAGCAUUCAAGAAGUAGAAGAGGAGCUGGAGUUUGCCUACAGGCUAUUACUGAAAACUAGAGUCUCUCUCCUUAACAUUCUCACCCACUAG